AUAGUCUUUUUCCUGCCUGCCGUUAUCUUUUGGAGCUGGAUUUUGGCCCAAAUACUGCUUGAGUCACAGAAUUGUUAACAUUAAAUCAACUUCUCCAUGUUUCAGGCACACUUUGUUUAAAUGCAAAAUCUAAAUCUACCUUUUUUUCCUGCAAUAACAACCUCUUGCAAAAUGGUAUAAAAUGUCUUUUGACAGUUUUGCCAGAAAUUACCAGGAGAAUAUUUCUGAUCAAAAUGCAAAAUUGUCUUCACUUAACUUGAAAAAAAACUUCAGUCCUGUGUUCUACCUACUGCAUAAAACAGAUUUUCACUGCAAGCAUGAUAUACAAUUCUUAAUCCUAGAAGAAGGAAUUAGGUUUAUUGUGGAUAAUUUUCCUGCAGCCUCUAGAUGAGAGCAGAGUAUAACUUUUACCAAGCUCAGGUGCAAGGGCCAACAUCAGAGACAAAAUAAAGAUAAUUUAUUUCAAAGGUGGUUAUUCAAAAUCAUUGAAUUUAGACUUUAGAUUUGAAAUCAGCCCUUUCAAAUAUUAUAUCCUUAAAGCUGAUUUUUGUGGAUUCUGUAUCCUGGCUCUUUCUUUUCAGCUUCUUUACUCAUUUUGAAUGUCAAAGUGUGGUGAUUCCCCUCUGGAAGCUGGGCACAUGCCAAACAAUGCUCCAGGAACUGAGUAUCCAUGGAAGGCUGGGAGUGAUGUUUCCUAGUGAAGCAGGAGUCUGACUCUGCUGAUAAGAGUGUGAAAAGAGGAAAAGUGGAAGUCAAAUCUGGUGUUCUGUCUGUAGUGCCCAGGAAGAUGAAGUUCAGUGAUGGGCACAGGUUGGUGGGCAGGAGAACUGUCUCUGCUUAUUGCAGUCAGGGCUGUGAGGAGCCUGACCCUGAAGGGUUUUGGUUCUUUCUGGCUCUGCCAGAGAAAGCAGCUGAUGAAACAGAAUUGCCAGCACUAGAAAUGCUGGUGUCCAGGGACUGUGGUAUCCUAGUAUGUAGUGCUGGAAUUGGGGAGGAAUUGGACCUCAAAGAUGAAGGGUCACCCACUAGAAGGUACAACCUUGGUAAAAGGCCCUGAAAGAAUUAGUAAAAAGCAGGCACAGAGAACUUGCCUUGCUUGCUGUGAUCCCAGAGUUGGGAUGAAAGCAGCUGUGCUUCCAUUCACACUCCUGAGCUAUGGGAUUACUCCUGGGGCACGGCAAGUGGUGUGCAGUGGGGGCAGAGUUACAUUUUACAUUGGGACCCCUUUGUAUUUGUAUUUAAUAUUGUUGCUACAGUUGUAGUGAAUUGGAAUAAUUUUUAUCUCCUAGGAACCCCAAAAUCUUUUGCUGAUGUUUUUUUUCCCUUGACAUGGAAGACAAUACCAGAGGUGGCAUUAAUGUGUGCAGUUCGAUAGGCAGCUUUUCCAAUGUAGUAGGUGCAAGAGGCAGAAUUGCUGCUGGGGCUGGGCAUGCUUUGCCCAUUUGGCAGGCCAGCAUCAGGAAGACAAAUAUUUCAGCUGAAACCUCCUCCUGAUCUUGUGGUUUGUGUCUGCUCCUUCUGCAAGUGCUACCUGUUCAUUUAUUAACCUCCUCUGCUGGAAGCUUCACGGAGCGUUUUCACCAGGGCUUUAUGCGUUCUGUGUUAAACAUUUUAAAUGGCGUCAUUCUUCCACACAGACUUAAAUCCAACAGCUCCAGAGCCCUGACAGAGAAGGAGAUGUGUGUUUUCUCUGUUAACUGGCCUGCCAAGGACAGGAGGGAUGAGGGGGGAGAGCCCCUGUGUUUGCGUGGCAGGACUCCAGCGAGAGCGCAGGUGUUGGGAGAGAAGGCAAUGGCAACCAGAUGACAUUCCUUCCCCUUGGACUGGCCAUUGCUCAAACUGAUUGUGGGUCCAGCAGUUGGACUGGAUGAUCUUAAUGGUUCAUUUCCAACCUAAAUGAUUCUGUGAUACCCUUCCAAGAAAAGUGUUGUCUGCGUGUGCCUGUGUAAAAUCCAUGACAUUAAAGCUUGGGUUCCUCUGACUAAAAGAUUAGGGGGGUGGAAUCACACUUGGCAACCACUGGGAAGAUACAAGAAGGUAAUCCAGACAGUGAUUUAUCCCAGCUGAGAAGUGAACUACCUUUCUGGAGGUGCUGGUGGGGCAGCUGAUGUCAGAAGAAGCCCUCAACACUUACCUAGAGAACACUUACCUUGAGGUAGAUGGAAGAAAUUGAAAGCAGCAACCCUUGAUACAUGGAGAAAAAUAUUUUAUCAACUUGUGCAAAUAUAUCCUGUUUGCCUAAAUGGUUAUGGAAAUGCUGCUGGUCUCUUCCUCUCACACCUGUGUGUGUGUGUGGCAUUAACCAUGCACCCCAGGGAUUUUUUUAAUCUCUUUUGCUAACACUGAGGAGUUUUCACAUCCCUGUUUGGUAAAAUGGCUCUGCCAUCAGCCAAGUGUGGAAAGGGCUUUGAUAACAUUCAAGGUGAAACACUUGUCAGCUCUCACUUUAUCCAGGAACGGAUUAUCUGGGCUGUGGAAUAAUGAGGUCAUGUCUUUCCUCCACACCGCUGGCAGGAGCUUCGGAUUUCACACAGGGGCAGCUGCUUACACCAAGCCUGCUCUACUUAAUGCCUUUAAAGCUACCCUGCCUCCCUGUCAGCGAGUUCUCCCCAAGCUGAGGGUGUGAAACUUGCUCACACAGCCUCCUUUGCAGGGCCUGUGAGGGGCUCCUGGUGCUUGGAUUGCUGUGCUGUCCCAGAGUUGGGUGGCUGGGAUGCAGGAGCACAGGAUGUGAGAAACAGUGACCUGUGCAUGGCUACUGCACCCAAAAUAUAGAAGUGUGGAGCAGGAUUUGGGGGUGGGUGGACCAAAGCCAUGCAGCUGUUUCCAGGUGUGCCAUGAGCAGCUUGCAGUCUGAAUCUGCAGCUUUAAUGCAGAGCUGUGGCAGUGAGAGUGGCCAUGGACAUGAGAGAUCCCUAAAGCACACAAGUUGUGGGUGUUAAAGCCUAUGGGUGCUUAAGUAGAUUAGCAAACAAACAAAUCCUUUAAUAUUCUGGAAUGCUUCCUCACCACCUAAGUAGGGAUUAUUCCACCAAGCCUUCUGCCUAGUGAAAAGUCUGCCUUUCAGAUAGCUGUGCUCUUUAAUGAUUUGUACUCUUCAGUUAAAAAAGAAAGAAAAGGAAAAUCUGAAAGCAUAUCAAAAGUGUCUGUGUGGAUUUCUGGAAAAGCACAAAAAUGAUAAAAAGAGCUCUUAAAAAUAUUCAAGACCUUGUAAAAACUGAGGUUGCUGCCGUGCAGGCAGUAGCAUAUGUAGGAUGCUGCACCACAGAAGUUGCUACAAUUUUAUCCUUAAAAUUUGUUUUACACAGCCCACUACGACUCUAUGUACAAAUACGUGACACAACUCGCCCACCACUUUUUUCCUAGCACUGUGAAAAUCUUGGUUAAACUGUCAGCUUUCUAUCUGAAACAUUCAGAAACAACCAGUUACCUUGGUCUGAUUCCACUUCCAGGCUUUCAUCAUCUGGGAUUUUGGUAAAAAGCUGCUUUUGUUAAUGUGUAAUGCCUCAUAGUAACCGGUUACACUUUUACUACAAAGGGGUGUUUUAUUUUCCCGAGGGAUGAAUAGUAAUCAAGGAUCAGCUGGUAGUGCCAAGUGCCCUGAUAACACAAUUGGCUGCAUACAGCUUUGUUAGGCCCCUUCCUGCACUGCCUGGCUGGGAGACUUUAAGAGAAGAUGUUGGGAGAGCUGUUCUUUACCUACUGGGCUGUGGGGGAGCUGAAUUUUGGGAUCACUUUGUGUGCUGGGUGAGGAGGUGAGCUGAAGGAGGGCUGCAGUCACCCUAGCCGGUGGUAGGAAGUGUCUCACUGCUAAGCACAAAGUGGAGUCUGGCUUUGAUCUCAUUAACCCCAUCAGCACUGGAGUAGCAGGUGUGUUUCUGGAGCUUGACUCUUUCAGACACUUGAGGUGCAUAGAAAGGGGCAGAGGUCACUUCAGAACCAAAAAAGCCCCAGCAGUGACGGCAAGAGGCAGCGGCGCACACGGGCUGUGCAUCUUCAGAGAGCUUUGAGAACAGCCCCUGCACAGGAGCUGAAGAAAUCCCCAGCCACCCGUGCCUUUGAUCUCAGAUAAAGGUCAACCUGUCUGCUAGAAAGUGUGAUGGGAAACGCUGCCACAUCAGCCUUCGCUUUCUCUUCCUUACGCUGAAGUGAUUCACUGUACGUGUCAGGGUAUGCCUUCACCACAGCACUCAUGGUGUUCGGCUCCUGGGAGCAGCUCUGUUUAUCUCAUGCACCAGCUUAAGCCAGGGCCAGCAAGAUUUCAUGAGAGCUGCUGAGAAACUGCCCACAGCACUUGUUAUUACAGCAGUGUUCCAUAGCCUGUUGUUGGUUUGUUGGAGAGUUUUUAAAUCAUGAAAUCAUUUAGGUUGGAAAAAAAUCUUUAAGGUCAUUGAGUCCAGCCAUCAACCCAGUGUCACCAACAGACCAGUCCCUAAGUGCCACAUCUACACAACUUUUAAAUCCUUCCAGGGCUGGUGAUUCAGCCAGCUCCCUGAGCAGCCUGUUCCAGUGCCUUCAAUGAAGAGUUUUUUCCUGCUCCCCAAUCUAAAUCUCCACUGGUGCAACUUGGGGCCAUUUCCUCUUGCCUUGUAGUAUAUAUAUAGGCCUGGUGGUGUGUUAAAAAAUUAGUUAUGCUGCUCUUGUCCCAGCAAGCAUUCAGAGUUUCUGAGACUCUUCAAGCACUGACAACUACAAAGUUCCACCUGACCCAAACUCAAAGUUGCUGACACACAAAGCUUUGGGGAGCUGCAGGUUCCAGUUGGUUCUCCUGAUGCCAUCUCUGCAAGAUCAUCACUGGUGAGGGAAGUAACUGACCUACACAUGCUACAGGAUUUCAGAUGCAUGCCAGGUUCCCGCUGAAUGCCAGCAGCAGAGAUCACUACAGAUGGAGCCUCAAAGUCAGCACGGCAGCGGCGGCUCCCUGGUGGUGAUUCAGCAGCCCUCCCUGGACAGCCGGCAGCGCUUGGACUAUGACAGGGACGGCCAGCCCGCCACCAUCUUGUCACUGGACCAGAUCAAGGCCAUCAGGGGCAGCAACGAAUACACCGAGGGGCCGUCGGUGGUGAAGAAGCCGGCUCCGCGGACGGCGCCGAGGCAGGAGAAGCACGAGAGGACUCACGAGAUUAUACCGAUAAAUGUGAAUAACAACUACGAGCACAGGCCCGGCCAGGCGGGGCACGCGGCCCACCCGCAGAACGCCCGGGCUCCCGUGCUGAGCCGCUCCACCAGCACGGGCAGCGCGGCCAGCUCCGGCAGCAACAGCAGCGCCUCCUCGGAGCAAGGGCUGCUGGGGCGCUCGCCGCCCUCCUGGCCGGGCUCCGGCCACAGACCCGAGCGGACGAUCCGGGCGCAGCCCAAGCAGGCGGCGCUGAUCGUGGACGAUCUGAAGGGGCCUCUGAAAGAGGACCUGACGCAGCACAAGUUCAUCUGCGAGCGGUGCGGGAAGUGCAAGUGCGGGGAGUGCACGGCGCCGCGGGCCCUGCCCUCCUGCCUGGCCUGCAACCGGCAGUGCCUGUGCUCGGCCGAGAGCAUGGUGGAGUACGGCACCUGCAUGUGCCUGGUCAAAGGCAUCUUCUACCACUGUUCCAACGACGAUGAAGGGGACUCAUACGCGGAUAAUCCCUGCUCCUGCUCCCAGGCACACUGCUGUUCUAGGUACCUGUGCAUGGGAGCCAUGUCCUUGUUCCUGCCUUGCUUGCUCUGCUACCCUCCGGCCAAAGGAUGCCUAAAACUCUGCCGGGGCUGCUACGACCGCGUCAAUCGUCCGGGCUGCCGGUGCAAGAACUCCAACACGGUCUAUUGUAAACUGGAGAGCUGCCCCUCCCGGGGUCAGGGCAAGCCCUCAUGAUUUUGGGAGGGAGGUUUACUUCCCCCAACUUCAGUUUUUCAGGUUGUAGCUCAUUUUUUUUCCCUCUCCCCAUCUUUUCUUCUUCCCCCCUCCUCUCCCAUUUUGUGAGGACUGUUGCUUUCUUUUCCUUUCUGUCUGCCCAACUCCAGACAUAUGAGCUCUUCCCCUUGCAUCUUUGCUCUCCUCCUCCUGCUGACUUGGCUGAGUGUGGAGCGUUUCACGCAGUCACUGCUGCUCUUUGGUAAGUGUGGACCUGGGAUCUGCACCUGCCGCUCCUUCGGGCACGGUCUUUGAGUUUGUAACUGAACCACUCCUGAAAGAGACAGUGAGGGCUCACUGGGCUCUUGAAGCUUCUUGCUCUGUGAAUAUCUUCCCAAAGAUGGUUUUUUUUUUUGUUCUCAGCAAGUUAUGGUUUUUUUCUCCUUAACCUCCUGGGUGCCAAGGAAGAAUAACUUUCAGUCCUGAGUGAGCUGGAUUGUGAAAUAACUUUUUGUGUGUGUUCUUUCUGGAGAGGGAUGUAAAAUAAAGGCUUCACCAAAUGAAAGGCCUGACUCUUCUAUAAGCAGCCUGCUUCUUUUCGCAUCUUUUUUUUUUCCCUCUCUUUUUCUCUUAACUUUUGGAACAUUCUCAGACCUGAGAAUUGUCCAGCCUUUUUUUUUUUCCUUUUUUUUUUUUUUUUUUUUUUUAAUAUUUUCAGUGUAACUUCAGUUUUUGCUACACUAUGUAGAUCUUCACAUUGGAGACAUUGUGGCUGCAACAUACUCAUUUGUUUCUUCUGCUGUCCAGUCUUUGAAGGAUAUUUCUUACUCCACCCUCCUAAUCCAGUUUUUAUAGUCUGUCAGUAUCAGUUGAUAUUAAAGUUGGUGGUGUUCAUAUAUCCAAACAGCCUUCAGGUGUCAUUGAGUCACCUAAAUGUUCUUGAAUCCUUCAAGUCUCUUGUGAUCCUUUGGCUUAGUGAGUUUAGCUCUGCUCUGUACUUUAUAAUUUUAUUCUGUCCCUGUUUUAUUGCCUUAGCCACAAAUUGUGGUCCUUUUUUGUAUAUUUUAUGUAUAAAACACAAAGUUGAAUCCCAACUAUUUUUAAGACAAAAGUCUGUUAAAACUUUUUUUAUUGUAAAGAAUAUUUAUUAUGUGAAUCUCUAUUAUUUUAUGAUAUUUAUUGCAAAAGACUUCGAAAAUGUACUCAUGUCUGAAUAUAACAAAAUAUCAAUACUUAACGAAAUAAGGAUGACACGAAGAAAGUACAUAUGUUAACUAUAAUGCAGAAAAUAUAUUAAUUAAUGAAAAUGCCUCUGGAUUUCUUUUGUUACAAUGAUAGGUUGUGAGCUACCUGUGUGUAUUGCUGGGCUCUUCCUCCUCCUUCAGGUCUGUCAGGUGACAACCAACCUCCUAUUGAUACUUCAAAGCCACUAGUCUGUGCUCUAGUUUAGUUUACCUAAUUUUAAGUUUAAGCCAACUAUGUAUCAAAUAAGGGAUGUUUAAUACAAUUGAAUCUGUGUUGUGCUUAACAGUGCCAAGAAAUAGAGGCUCUAUUUAUUUACCAAAGCAUUUGGAAAUACAUUUGUGGAGGAGGAAACCACAACUUCCAAGUUGGUUUCUUUUUUGGUGUUUGGUUUGUUUUGGUUUUUUGGGUUUUUUUUUUAAGGAAUACCACAUUAACAUGCAAAGCCCUUUUAAAUUUUCCCAUAUAGAAUUUCCUGGCUGGUUAAAUUGUGCAGCAGUGGAAGAAAUUAAUCUCCCCACCUCAAUUCUAAAUAAAAAGCUUGGAGCCAGGAUGAAAAAUAGUGAUUGUGUUGCUGUAGUUUGGUAGCUUUGAAAUCUGGGAAUGUGUGUGUGUUUGGGCCUAUGUCUAUGACUUAUUUGGUUCUUUUCCCAUA